AACAGUCCUUCGAGAGGAAGUAGAUACAUAAAUAGGAUGCAGCCCAUGUUGAUAAUGAAUAGCGUAUACCGCUUUGACUGUUGCUGUGUUAAGGGCCUGGACUUUGUCAUGCAUCGAGUUGAAGGGUGCCAUUAAGUGCAGCUGAUACCAUGUCACCAAGUAAGCUCUUCACAUGCGCGUUAGCUGAUACCAGUUGAUGCUUUGCUGGCAUGGGGAAACUGCAAAGCAAACAGAAACACAACAUAUCUCGAUACAGGAUUGGUAGAGGUGAGAACUGCUAUUCCACCACUCGAACCCUGCAGCAAUACAGUCCUGCACACACUGAUGCUGUGACAUCACUAGCCUCCCUCUCAAGUGAACGAUGUGUGUCCGGUGGAAAUGACAAGAUUGUAGUCGUAUAUAACUGGAAAUCUGGUGGCGUGCAGCAGAAAUUUGUGGGCCAUGAACAUGCUGUCACCAAGGUAACCUGCAACUUUCAGUCAAAUAGAAUCUUCAGUGCUUCACGUGAUAAAACUGCCCUGAUGUGGGAUGUGGAUUGUAAAGCUGGACCACUGCAGGAGUUUACUGGCCAUGCACUGGGGGUAUCAGGCCUAGCUGUGAGCCCAGGUGGCUUGCAACUGUGUACAGGAUCUCGAGAUAACUCCAUGUGUACCUGGGAUGUGGAAACUGGAAUCUGUCUACUGAAAUCUGCUAUUUCCAGGAAUCUGGUGACACAUAUCUGCUGGAUUCCUACAGAGUCACUUGUCAUUCAGACUUCAGAGGACAAGAUGGUCAGGAUUUGGGAUAUUCGUGAGCUCCAGGUGACCCACACCUUCCCCAUGAAACAGUACAUUCAGACACACUGUGAUGCCAGUCCUGAUGGAAGAUAUUGCAUCUCCUGUAGCAACGGUUUUGGAGGCGAGGGCUGUGAGGCCACACUAUGGGAUUUAAGGCAGGCAAAACAUAAAGUAUGUGAGUAUAAGGGACACCUACAGAGUACUGCAGCCUGCAUCUUUCUUCCAAGCAUGAAUUUUUCAUUCCCUUUGGUGGCCACCUCUGCACAUGACUGUACUGUGAGGAUCUGGAACCGUGACAGUGCAGGUAAUUUAUAAAGAUCACAAAGAGUAGGGGUCCCAGAACAGAUCCCUGAGGCACACCACUGGUCACUGACUUCCAUGCAGAAUAUGAGCUGUCUACAAUCACUCUUUGUCUUCUGUGGGCAAGCCAGUUCUGGAACUACAAAGCAAUGUCCCCUUGGAUCCCAUGCCUCCUUACUUUCUCAAUAAGCCUUGCAUGGGGUACCUUGUCAAAUGCCUUGCUGAAAUCCAUAUACAAUACAUCUACGACUCUACCUUCAUCAAUGUGUUUAGUCACAUCCUCAAGAAAUUCAUUCAGUCUCGUAAGGCACAACCUGCCUUUGACAAAGCAAUGCUGACUAUUCCUAAUCAUAUUGUGCCUCUCCAAAUGUUCAUAAGUCCUUCCUCUGAGGAUCUUCUCCAUCAACUUACCAACCACUGAAGUAAGACUCACUGAUCUAUAAUUUCCUGGGCUAUCUCUACUCCCUUUCUUGAGUAAGGGAGCAACAUCCCCAAACCUCCAAUCCUCUGGAACCUCUCCCGUCCCUAUUGAUGAUGCAAAGAUCAUCACCAGAGGCUCAGCAAUCUCCUCAUUUGCCUCCCACAGUAGCCUGGGGUACAUCUCAUCUGUUUCUAAUUUAUGCUUCCAAGUUCCUACCUGAUAGCCUCAUAUUUCCCCUUACUCCAAUUAAAUGCUUUCCUAACUUGUCUGUUCAUAUCCCUCUCCAAAGCUGUGGUAAAGGAGAUAAAAUUAUGAUCAGCUAUCUCCUAAAUGUUCUCCCACUGAGAGACCUGACACCUGAUCAGGUUCAUUUCCCAAUACUAGAUCAGGUACAGCCUCUCCUCUUGUAGGCUUAUCUACAUAUUGUGUCAAGAAACCUUCCUGAACAUACCUAACAAAUUCCACCCCAUCCAAACCCCUCGCUCUAGGGAGAUACCAAUCGAUAUUUGGGAAAUUAAAAUCUCCCACCACAACAACCCUGUUAUUAUUACACCUUUGCAGAAUCUGUUUCCCUAUCUGCUCCUCGAUGUCCCUGUUACUUUUGGGUGGUCUAUAAAAAAACACCCAGUAGAGUUAUUGACCUAACUUCCUAACUUCCACCCACAGAGAUUCUGUAGACAAUCCCUCCAUAACUUCCUCCUUUUCUGCAGUCGUGACACGAUCUCUGAUCAACAGCGCCAUGCCCCCAUCUCUUCUGCCUCCCUCCCUGUCCUUUCUGAAACAACUUAAGCUUGACAUUCAAAGUAACUAUUCCUGCCCUGAGACAUCGAAGUCUCUGUAAUAAUGGCAACAACAUCAUUGCUCCAAGUACCGAUCCAUGCUCUAAACCAGGCAUGGGCAAACUACGGCCCGCGGGCCAUAUGCGGCCCGUUAAGCUUUUUAAUCCGGCCCGCAGAACUUGAUGAAAUUAUAUUAAUAAACCUUGUUAACGUUUUCUGCCCGCAAUUCUGGCGUUUUCCCAAUAGAUGACGCACUCUAUAUACAUUGACCUUUGUUGAGGUGCAGCGUAUUACUCCACAUUUGUGCUUUACUUUGUGACCUUGUGGCGACCCAUUUCCUGGCACAUCCGAACCGGCUCACAAUUAGCCAGCGUUCCGGCUAAGAGAGAUCACCUGCGGGGAUUUGCGAGCACAGAGCUCCGCAUACCGGCACGCUCUCCCUGCUUUGUCAUUGUGCGGGUCGUUGUUGAGUUUUGGCACAGGGGACAAUUGAAUAAGAAGGAGCAGGACAAGUAGACCUGCAUCUCCUACCGUUUUUGAAAUAAAGACGGUCAGGAGGAGAGUGAUGAUGAUAAUAUCUUGAAGGAUAACAGAAUUUUCAGUGCUUUAAAAUAAUAACUGUUACUAUUAAAAAAAGCUGUAUUUUAUUCAUUUAAUUUUCAGUGUUUUAAAAGUCAUUUCAAUAAAUAGCUAAAUACCAUGGGACUUCAAAGACAGAUAUUUUGUUGUAAUGCAUUUGUUCAUUUUCAAUUGAAAUUAAAGCACAUGUUUUCUACAUAUCCCAUGAUAUUUUAUUUUCUCUUAUGAGGUGUAUUACCAAAACACUCCGUCCAUCUGCUCCUGGAAUAAUUGUCAGACAUGAUUUCCCCUUAAAGAAACUAUGCUAAUUUUGGCAUAUUUUAUCAUGUGUCUCCAAGUACCCUAAACCUCAUCCUUAUUAAUGGACUCCAACAUCUUCCCAACCACUGAAGUCGGGUUAUCUGGCCUGUAAUUUCCUUUUUUUUACCUCCCUGCCUUAUUAUAGAGUGGAGUGACUAACAUUUGCAAUUUUCUAGUCCUAUGGAACCAUUCCAGAAUCUAGUGAUUCUAGAAGGAUCACUACAAGCAUCUCCACCAGCUCCCUUUUUCAGAAUCUAGUAUGUAGUCCAUCACGUCCAGGUGACUUGUCUGCUUUUAGACCUCUUAAUGUCCAAAGCACCUUCUCCUU